CUUUAUAGCGGUUUCUUCAUCAUAUAGCUCGCUCGCAUUUCUCUCUCUCUUUCUCAAUCGCCUUCACUUUCUGCGCAAAGAAAAGCGUCCAUCUUCUCCCCCCAUUUAUUGUUCUUCUCUCCCUUUUCUUUCUCCAUGUCUUAUUAAAUGGGGGUCUCAUCUCUUCGACAAACCCUCUUUCUCUGGGUUCUUCGAAGACGUAAUUAAUAAAUCAUUUUUCAUUUUCAUUUUAAUUGGCCCUUCUUCAGCCAUGCCUUUGCCUUGGAAGAAAUCCAAAUCGGGUCGGAUCUCCAAAUUCGUAUCGGACCUCCAACAAUCUCCCAAACGCGGCGGAUCUCUCGUCGUCGAAACUGGCUUCCCCACUUCCCUUAUCCACCUCUUCUUCAAGAACCGCGAUCGUCUAAAAAAAUCUUCUUCAAAACGCAACAACAACAACAACAAAGCUCAGAUACCAACCGGUCCGAGUCAUUCUCAUUCGACACGUCAGCGUGUUGCGUCUCUCCCUCCUCCUCCUCUUCCUCCGCUUCCAGCUUCGGAGGAUCCCGCGGCGAGUAAGAUCGAUGAAAGCUUCGUCUGUGACGGUGGCGUAACACCUGAGAACAGAAACGACGAAUACGGCGGAAGCGGCGGAGGAGGAGGAGGAGGAGGAGGAUGUUGUGUAUUGAUGGUGGUUGCGAUUAAGGUCUUCGUGGUGGCUGUGCUCGCCUUGAGCACGAAAAAGCUCGCCGUGGGGAUCACUAUCUCCGCCUUCGCCCUCCUCUUCCUCGAGUUCGCCGUGCCGCGUGUCCUCACGCUCCUCAAUCUCUGCCCCGACGCGCAGGUUCGGCUCGAUUCUUUGAUCAGAAAGCUCGUAGGGACGAAGAAGCCAGAAUCAUCAUCAUCACCAUCAUCAUCAUCGAAUGUCUCCUUCGAAAUCAUCGAAACCUUCCAAGAACCGAGAGAUUGCAUCGAGGAAACUCGAGUUCCCGAACCACCAGGAGCGGAGGAGAGAGAGGUGCUGACGAUAAGAGACGUGGUGUUCACGAAGGAGAAGAGCAAAAGCGCGAAGCUUAAGUCAAAGAUCGUGAAGAAGAUCGUGCCGAAGAAGCUGAGGAGUUACAAGAAGAAGAAGAAGCUGAAGAAGAUGAAGGAAAAAGAAGAAGCGGAAGGUGUGGAGAUUGAGAUAUUCGAAGAAGAAGGAGAAGGGUCUACGACGGAAGCUUCCAGCUUGUAUUCCGAAGAUAUAACCGAGAGCGAAGUGUCUGAGAGAUACGAGAUUGGUUCGAAUCCGCCAUUGUUGGAGAGCUGUGAAGAAGAAGAAGAAGAAGAAGAAGAGGAAGAAUCGAAAAGGGAUCUAACGAAAGUGAUGGUGAUGAUAGUGGUUGCGCUUGCUGGGUUGUUAGGCGGGAAAGUCUUAGCUAUUGUUCUGACAGUAUCUUCCUGUCUGUUUCUGAGAUUGGUCUGCUCCAAAUCUCAAACUAUUCUCUGACAAACUCUCAGACCAGUGUCUGAACUCGGAGGGAAAAGGGGCCAGGCUUUGGGAAGUUUUUGCUUUUGUUGUUUGUGUUCCGUGGCACCGGUGGGACCUACGGAUCGCCGUUAAGUGACGGUGUUGACGGAAGUGUUGUUGGGUGGUUGGCAGUUCGAAGCUACAAUUUGUUUGGCUUAUGAAACUGUAAAUUUUCUUUAAAAAAUGUUAUUAACAGAGGAUAUUGUUAUUAUUAACUUAUUAUAUGAUGGUCAAGGAGUCAAA